AUGACGGCCCAGUUGACCGAAGAACUGUCGCAAGCGCGAGAGCAACUCAUCCAAGCCCGCCGCGAGCUCGAGGACGCCAGACUGCAGCCCCACGCCAUGAACGAGGCUCAGGAAGCCCCUCCGGCUCGGCCGGCGUAUGCGGAUGUCGCCCGAUGUACACCUCCUACCAGCGGUCCUAGUCUGACAUCCUCCGCAAGCCGGACGACUACGCCAGAGCCAGCGUUCUACACUAUAGACAUGACUAGGGUACCGGAGGAACACGUCGAAGAGGCUACACCUGUGGCCCUUCGCAAGCUCAUCGAGAACGAGAUGCGAGCGCCGGGAGAUCAAUUUAAGUGGCGUUGUCUUGCCGUCACCAGAGACAGAGGAAACAUCAACCGCCUUAGAAUCAUUGGCAGGAACGAAGCGGAAGUAAAGAGGAUCAAGGGCAUCAUCGAAGCGAAGAAGGCGCCGGGUGCGCAGGUCCUACGUGACCAGCUGUACCCAGUUAAAGUUGACAACGUCAAUCGUACGGCUGUUCUCGACCCUGAAGGCAAGGUACUCCCCGGAGCGGCGGAAACCCUGGGCCGAGAGAACGACGUGCAGAUCGCCAAGCUGGCUUGGUUGAGCCGGAAGGACACUGCGAAGGCGUAUGGAUCGAUGGUGGUAUAUAUCACCAAAGCUGGCGACGCUAAGAGGAUCAUCAACGAGGGCUUCUUCCACGCCAGAGGCGAAUCGGGAUACACGGGAGUCUUCGAACGCCGGACACGGCCGAACCAGUGCUGCAACUGCCAGCAGAUUGGCCACAAAGCUUUCCAGUGCAGGAACCCUCAAGUGUGCGGAAUGUGCGCCAGCGAGGGCCACCGUCACAGCGAGUGCUCAGCAGCUAUACCGAAAAAGCAAGGGGAGGUACAUGCCAGUUUGAUGAACGACGUGGCAAUCCAGGACGCUGCCGUCAUAGCCAUUCAGGAACCCCAGGCGCGGAGGAUCCAAGGACGGCUCCUGACGACCCCUAUGGAUCAUCACAAAUGGACCAAGAUGGUCCCGUGCACGUUGAAGGAAGGUAGAUGGGCUAUCCGGAGCAUGCUCUGGGUGAACAAAACCGUGGAAGCGGAGCAAGUGGCAGUGGACUCCCCGGACAUCACGGCAGCGGUCAUACGGCUCCCGGAGCGCGUAGUCUUGGUCGCGUCCGUCUACGUACCAUGUGGGGACGGCGAGGCACUAAAGGACACCUGCGAGAACCUCCGCAGAACGGUAGCAAAGGCGAAACGGGGCGUAGGAACGACAGUGGAUAUAGUGGUUGCAGGUGAUUUCAACUGCCACGACCAACUGUGGGGAGGAGACGACAUCUCCUCCGUGAGACAAGGGGAAGCCGACCCUAUCAUCGAUCUCAUGAACGAGCUGACUCUGAGCACCCUACUCCCGAGGGGCACUAACAUGGCAAGCAGGUGGAUACGGCUCGACCAUCGACCUGAUCCUGGCCUCGGAGGAACUGACAGAAGCUGUGAUCAGGCUGCAAAGUAUCUAAAAUCCGGAGACGAUACCACGUUUGGAAGGAUCCCACAACUCUUUAGAGCAGAUGGUACAUCCACGACCGAUCAUAGAGAACAGGCCGAAGAGCUCCUAACAAGAUUCUUCCCGGCCUUGCCCGAUACGAUCGACGAUGAAGGUCCAAAACCGCAGAGGGCACCUAUCAGGAUGCCUAUCCUUACGAUGGAGGAAGUCGAACGACAGCUGUUCACAAUGAAGUCCUGGAAGGCACCAGGGGAGGACGGUUUGCCGGCAGUGGUGUGGAAGGAAGUCUGGCAGCUGGUCAAGCACCAUGUACUGGCACUCUUCCGUACCUCGCUGGAGGACGGGGUCCUUCCCAGCCAGUGGCUGCAUGCUAAGAUCAUCCCACUCAAGAAACCGGGCAAAGAGGACUACACCAUCGCAAAGGCUUGGAGACCAAUCUCCCUUCUAGCAACGCUGGGCAAAGUGCUGGAGUCGGUGAUCGCGGAACGGCUGUCCCACGUCGUGGAGACCUACGGCCUCCUGCCCACCAACCACUUCGGCGCGCGGAAGCAGCGAUCAGCCGAGCAGGCGCUGGUGUUUCUACAGGAGCAGAUCUACACGGCCUGGAGAGGACGGAAGAUUGUCAGCCUCAUUCGCUUCGAUGUCAAGGGAGCCUACAACGGAGUCUACAAGGAACGGCUUGUCCAGAGAAUGAGGGAACGUGGUAUCCCGGAAGAGCUGUGCCGAUGGACAAAAGAUUUCUGUUCUGACCGUACGGCCUCUAUCCAGGUCAACGGGCAUGCUGCGGAACGACGGGGUCUCCCACAGGCUGGCCUGCCUCAAGGCUCGCCCCUCUCCCCUAUCUUGUUCCUCUUUUUCAACGCGGAUCUGGUCCAGCGAAAGAUUGAUAGCAACGGUGGGGCGAUAGCUUUUGUCGAUGACUUUACCGCCUGGGUCACAGGACCGACGGCACAGAGCACACGCAAGGGGAUCGAAGCAAUCAUCGACCAAGCGUUAGACUGGGAAAAGAGAAGUGGAGCGACAUUUGAAGCAGACAAGACGGCCGUCAUCCACUUUACCCGCAAGGCCUACAAAGCCAACUCGGCGCCCUUUACCAUCAAGGGUCAAAAUGUUCAGCCGAGAGACCACGUCAAGAUCCUUGGAGUGGUCAUAGAUGCCAAGCUCAGGUAUAAGGAGCAUAUCGCAAGAGCGGCCUCCAAAGGGCUCCGCGCGGCGAUGGAGUUGAAACGGCUCAGAGGUCUGUCCCCGGCUACGGCGCGGCAGCUGUUCACCGCCAUGGUCGCGCCAGUGGUGGACUAUGCCUCCAGCGUUUGGAUGCACCAGUGCAAUUGGAAGACUGCGCCGGCCAUACACAGAGUGCAGAGGGUCGCGGCGCAAGGGAUCAUAGGAACGUUCAGCAAGGUAGCAACAAGCGUAGCAGAAGCAGAAGCUCACAUCCCCACGGCCCAAGAUCGAUUCUGGAAGAGGUCGAUCAAAAUGUGGACGGUCAUCCACACCCUACCGGACACGAAUCCACUACGCAACACCACUUCCCGGAUGCGCAAGUUCCGGAGAUCCUACCGCUCGCCUUUCUUUCAGGUAGCAGAUCUCCUCAAGAACGUCCCAUUGGACAGCCUCGAAACCAUCGCUCCAGUCGUAUUAGCACCGUGGGAGAGGCGAGUCCGCACUACGGUUGACGGAACAGGCAUGCAGCAAAAAGAGACAGAGUGGGCGGUCCGGAUCGCCGUAAGCAGCUCCGCACGGAACAACGUGGUAGGGAUCGGAGGAGUCGUCCGUCUCCCGCUACCGAUACGAGAUGACUCAAGGAACGAAGCCUUCAGUGCGACGCUGGGCUCUAGGUCGGAGCAAAACCCGUUCUCAGGCGAGCUUGCGGCUGUUGGGUGCGCGUUGAGGUUGAUUCGAAAUGUUAGGUACCGGAAGAUCAUCCUGGCCACCAGCAACAAGGCAGCCGUGAUGGCCUUGGAGCGACCACACCGGUAA